GGCUGCACACUGUGCCCUGAUCGCACGCACUCGUAUUUUUGAUUAUCAUAUGACUAAUAUAAUUAAUAUAUAAUUAAAACGUCAACAGUCCGCUGAAAAGAAAAAAAAGCUGCAAACUGAUUUGGAAACAUUAAGUCCGCCACUUCCAAGCUUACACCGAUAACAUCGGAACCCGCCGCGGGUUUACUUUCGGUUCGCACUGUUUACGUGUGAAACCGAGCUGCAAGGGCUGCGCAGACCCGCAGUAAUGAGGCUUUGAAAGAAUAAGUUGCCUAGUCAUGCUGAUGUUGAAAUCGCGCACCGAAAGCAUUCGGCGAAACGCCUCGGGCCGGAGUGUGCGAGCGCCGGGGAGACGGGGGCCCGGAAAAAAGCGCUUCGCUGCAGACUUUGAACUCGAGAGGAAGCGAGCUGGUGCGAAACUGCGGCGGCGCUCGCAUUUACGCGUUAUAAACCUACGGUAGUGCUAUUCUUCUACUUCUCGUAGCUGUCAUACUGGUGGUCUGCUGUGUCAUCGGACUAUUGUUUACGACGUUAACAACUUUUGUGUUUUUUUUUAAUCCAAUUCGACGAGGAAAUUUAGGAUUUUAGUUCCAGUUUCAGAUUUAUGAGCAUCUGGGUUAUCAUCAUCAUCGGAAGUCUCCACAACGACACCACCGCUAUCCUGUCCACGGGGGGCUGCUGUGGUCAGGGCGUGGUUGAUGUGGUUCUGAGUUAGGACUGUGUGCUUGUUGUGAUUCCCUAAGCCCCAUGAGAGCGGGACCAGCAUCGGAGGAAUCAGGUGCCACCCAGUGGGUGAUGCUUUGACUCUCCUGAGUAUCCAACCAGAGGAAGCAGCUGAGUACCAGCUGGCUUCUCCCCCUGGUGCUUCUCACAGGCUCUGCAGCUAGAAGGGACUGAGAAAGUGAGAGAUAUUCUAGAAGGGACUGAGAAAGCAAGGAGGCACCUUGACAGAGUCUCGGAAAGGGCCAGCAACUGACUCACUGCCUGUUUGUUUUUUAUCUAUUUUUGUAUUGCUGUUUUUGUAUUCUGUCCUUUUAUUCUUUGGUUGUUCCUGUAAUUUAUUGAACAAUGCCUUUGGGGUCCAAGAAGGACAUGUGCCACGUUGGUCUUCUGUACAGAGAGAGGAAGCGCGGCUCAGUGUCUCCCAACGAUCAGCAGCUCUGCUUGUUUUUCUUCAUGACUCGCGGCUGGGUGUAGACGAAACGACUCGUGCCACCCUCCCUUUUCCCCAGCGCCUACCCCUUUUUCCACCCAAAGCUCCCAACCUGCACCCCCCCAAACCCUUCUCAACAUCACCCGGAUACCACCCGCAGGAGAGAAUGAUAUGUCCAAGAAAGAAGAAGCCCACCAAAGAUGAGGAUUUCUCCGCCAUUGUGGUGCCCUCCAUGCGGGGCCACGGUUACCUGGACUACACCAUCGAGAGCCACGCCUCCCGCGCCCUGCGGACCAUGGACGAGCUCCGCCGCCACGAGAUGCUGUGCGACCUGGUUCUGCACGUCACCUACAAGGACACCUGCAUGGACUUCAAGGUGCACAAAGUGGUGCUGGCCUCCUGCAGCCCGUACUUCAAGGCCAUGUUCACCAGCAACUUCCGGGAGUGCCAGGCGUCGGAGGUGACGCUACGCGACGUGUGCCCCCAGGUGGUGGGCCGGCUGAUCGACUUCGCCUACACCUCGCGCAUCACGGUGGGCGAGAGCUGCGUGCUGCACUUGCUGCUGGCCGCCAUGCGCUACCAGAUGGAGGAUGUGGCCAAGGCCUGCUGUGACUUCCUGGUCAAGCACCUGGAGCCCGCCAAUGUCAUCGGCAUCGCCCGCUUCGCCGAGGACAUCGGCUGCAGCGAGCUGCACCUGCGGGGGCGGGAGUACAUCAACACGCACUUCAGCGAGGUGACGAAAGAGGAGGAGUUCUUCAGCCUGUCCCACUGCCAGCUGCUGGACCUCAUCAGCCAGGACAGCCUGAAGGUGCUGUGCGAGUCGGAGGUCUACAAGGCCUGCAUCGAGUGGGUGAGGUGGGACGUGGAGAACCGCGCCCAGUACUUCCACGCCCUUCUCAACGCCGUCCACAUCUACGCCCUGCCGCCCAAGUUCCUCAAGCGCCAGCUGCAGUCCUGCCCCAUCCUCAGCAAGGCCAACUCCUGCAGGGACUUCCUCUCCAAGAUCUUCCAGGAGAUGGCGCUGCGCAAGCCCCUGCCGCCCGCGCCCCACCGGGGCACGCAGCUCAUCUACGUGGCGGGCGGCUACAAGCAGAACUCCGUGCCCUCCAUGGAGGCCUUCGACCCGCGCCGGCGGGAGUGGCUGCGGCUGGCCAACAUGAGCGCCCCCUGUAGCGGCCUGGGCGCCUGCGUGCUCUUCGGUCUCUUCUACACGGUGGGCGGGCGCAACCUGUCCAUGCAGAACAACACGGAGUCCAGCUCGCUGUGCUGCUACAACCCCAUGACCAACCAGUGGACGCAGCACGCCUCGCUGAACAUGCCCCGCAACCGCGUGGGCGUGGGGGUCCUCGACGGGAGCAUCUACGCGGUGGGGGGGGCGCACGGCUCCGCCCACCACAGCACUGUCGAGAAGUAUGACCCGGAGGUGAAUCGGUGGACGUUUGUGAGCCCAAUGUCGGUGGCGCGUCUGGGGGCGGGUGUGGCUGCGUGUGGCGGGUGCCUGUAUGUGGCAGGUGGUUUUGAUGGGGAGAAUCGCUGGAGGACAGUGGAACGCUAUCACCCUGACACCAACACCUGGCAGCCCAUUGCUAACAUGGGCUCGGUCCGCAGCGGGCUGGGGUUGGUGUGUCUGGACAGCUGCCUGUAUGCGGUCGGGGGUUACGAUGGGAGGGCACAGCUGAACACGGCGGAGCGCUACAGCGUAUCGCGGGACACGUGGGAGCCUGUGGCCCCUAUGAAGCACUGCAGGAGCGCGCACGGAGUCGCCGUCCACCAGGGCAAGAUCUACGCGCUGGGGGGUUUCAAUCAGACAGGGUUCCUCUCCAGUGUGGAGUGCUACUGCCCGGACAGCAACGAAUGGACACAUGUAACUGACAUGCCCAUUGGUCGCAGUGGCAUGGGCGUUUCCGUGACAAUGGAACCCUGCCCGGGCAACCUACCCGAAGAGGAGGGGGAAGAGGAUGGGUGCCAGUGAGGGACAUUCUGCAUCCAGAGACACAGCUCAUGGGCUGAGGAACUGAAAUAAGCACACUCCCAGGUCUUUAAGAGCUCACUGGUGCCAUCAUGCCAAUAUGCAAUUUGUCUUUGUCAGAUUUUUUAAAACAGUUGAAGUCAGCAAUUAAGCUGCAUUUGUUUAUGAAGUUUCAGGUUUGAUGAUGGCCUAUUUUGCACGGGUCCCAAAACCCACAUCAUUUUCCACAGGAACAUUAGUGGCUGGAGAGAACCGGAUGGACAAUUACAUAAAAGCCCACAGUGCCGGAGUGUGGGACUUAAUGAGCAAUAUUCUGAAGGAGUCGUCAUGUAACCAGUUUGGACAAUGGAUCCACUGCUUGCCACAUGAAAACUGAGAGAUAUGCUGUGGUACCUGCUUUAUGCACUGUGCUGUGGGUAUUGUGGACUGUGGUAAAAAAAUCUUCCAAGGUCAUUAUGAACUGACAUUAGCUAGGUUGUUAAUUUAUUGAUGGCUGCCUUCACAGAUGUAUUUUUUAAAUUAUGGGAGUACAUAUAUUCAUAUUUUUCCUUCUGUGCAAUUAUAAAUAAAGUCAUUCCUGUACAUAGUGAAUGUAGUGCUGUCUCCAACUCCGCUGCCUGUCCCUAGUGAGCGAGCUGUGAAAUGAGCCAGUAUGGACUCAGUUCAGCCACUAACAGAUCUGAGGUCAGAUGUUGUGCCAGCCUGCACCACUCCAGACUAGUGCCCAGUGAGAGAGAGGCUAUCCAAACCAAAGUAUCGCUUUUUGGAUUUCUUUGCAUCAAAAUGAUUACAAGCUAAAACAGUUCAUGCUUAUUUAUUUAUUUAUUUAUUUAUUUUAC